AUGCGUCUCACCCGCCUUCUACUUCUCCGUCUAUCGAUAACAGCGGGCUUGUUGGCACAAUCUAUGACAAGAGCAUCCACUGAUGGCCUUCCGCCUCCACUCAAUCCAAGUUGGAUACCGGCUUCAGAAGCCACUCUUCAACCGUGGCCCACAGACACAGAUGCACCGCCGCAGGUAUCCCAGGAAUCUACCGGACCAGAAGAGCCCGUUACAGCUCAAGCAUGGCUUUCACUCUAA